AAAGGACCUGCAGCAGGGUGCUGAGGGAGGAAUCUAUAGUUUCACAGGCUGCUCAGAAUAGUUUUAAAGACCGCACAGAGUCUGAGGAUUGAACAUGCCACCUGCAGCAGCAACCAAUCUAGGCUACACGCCACCAGAUGGAGGCUGGGGAUGGGCUGUCGCCUUUGCUGCUUUCAUCUCCAUAGGAUUCUCUCAUGCCUUUCCCAAGUCCCUCACCAUCUAUUUCAAGGAAAUUCAGGAAUAUUUUUCAGUUUCCUACAGGGAGAUUGCCUGGGUGUCCUCAGUCAUGCUGCCAUCUAUGUAUGCAGGCGGCCCUGUCUGCAGUAUGCUUGUAAACAGACAUGGCAGCAGACCUGAGGUCAUGGUCGGUGGUUACCCCUUUCUGACCAUUUCUCUGAUUAAAUCUCAAUGUUUUGGUCUUGCCUUCAACCUGCAGUCAGCUCUGACAAUCACUGGCACUUACUUUCAGGUCAAAAGGCCACUCGCAAAUGGACUCGCUAUGACUGGAAGUCCAGUUGUUCUUUCCACUCUGGCCCCUCUCAAUCAGUUCCUUUUAUAUUCCUUUGGUGGGAGAGGGAGUUUCUCCGUCCUGUGGUCCAUUGUUCUGAACCGCUGUGUGGCUGGUGCUUUGAUGAGACCAGUUAAUAAACAAGCCCGAUCCCAGUCCAAUAAUGUCUCAUCAGUGAGCAGGAGGAAAACCUCUGAAGAAGCUGCUGCUGUGGAUAUUAGCUCAUUGUCUGCUAACCCUUCAGCUGAAGACAGCAAAAACAAGAGAAAAAGUCAGAGCUUUGUUUCCAGAUAUGUAGACAUCAGGACCCCCGGGCCAUGGUUAAUGUUUUCGCGGACUAUGUACUAUGCAUGUGGUGCGCUCAUGCUGGUGCCCAGUGUCUUUCUCUUCAUCAUGCAUUAUUACAACUACAAGAAGCUAGAUGAGGAUUGCAGGCAGACUGUAAAAGUGGAAAUAAGGACUUCUGAAGAGACAGUGAAACUUAAAAUAAACCAGAAUGAGAAAAACAAGCAAUGA